GUUCCUGUAGCCGUCGUUCGGCCGCCCGUGCGUUCUCGCACGCAGUGUCCGUGCGGUGCCGACGACGCGCUAUUCUUCUUCGCCGCUAUCCGCCCGCCGCGUUUUGUUCCCGGUCCACGACACCGUCGGUCCAUCUCGCCGUUCGGCGCGUGAACACCGCAGGUGACCAUACCAAGAGGCUGUAGCGCAAACGGUCAGCGUUUAUGGUUGCCUUCGACUCACGUAAGUUCAAAACCGAACACCAUCAUCUGAAUCCGAACAUGUCAAGUUAAUAAGAAGAAUGUCUACAACUACUAGUCAAACACCUCCUGCUUCAGAGUUAGAAGAACUAGAGGCAGAAGUACAAAUAGGGCAAAUAGGGAUAUGGCCUGAUUGUGGUAUUAAGGACGUGUGGGCUCAUAAUUUAGAAGAAGAAUUUAAGUCAAUACGAAAACUAUUGCCAAAAUAUUGCUAUGUAGCAAUGGACACAGAAUUUCCAGGGGUAGUAGCCCGACCGAUAGGUGAUUUUAAGACCACUGCUGAUUAUCUAUACCAGUUGCUUCGUUGUAAUGUCGAUCUGUUAAGAAUUAUUCAAUUAGGGCUUUCUUUUUUUGAUGAAGAGGGUAAAACACCCACUGGUCCUUAUACAACAUGGCAGUUUAAUUUUAAAUUCAAUCUAAUGGAAGAUAUGUAUGCCCAAGACAGUAUAGAAUUGUUAACAAAUUCCAGAAUACAGUUUGAAAAACAUGAAGAGAACGGAAUUGAACCAUUGGUUUUUGCUGAAUUCAUAAUUACCUCUGGCUUGGUAUUGAUGGACAAUUUAAAAUGGAUGACAUUCCACAGCAGUUUUGAUUUUGGUUACCUGGUUAAAGUGUUGACUGACGAAAAACUGCCCCAAGAAGAAUCUGAGUUCUUUGAACUAUUUUCUCUUUACUUUCCUUGUGUUUAUGAUAUUAAGUAUCUUAUGAAGAGCUGUAAAAACUUGAAAGGUGGUCUACAGGAGGUAGCUGAUCAAUUGGAGUUGAAACGAAUUGGACCUCAGCACCAGGCUGGUAGUGAUUCCCUAUUAACAGGCAUGGCUUUUUUUAAAAUCCGUGAUUUGUACUUUGAAGGCAUGAUUGAUAGUAAAAAAUAUUGUGGUCAUUUGUAUGGUUUAGGUAUAACUACAUUAAACAAUGGCCAAUUUCGAUAUGAUAAUAAUGAUAUGCCACUUAAUUUUUAAAUUUCAAAAACUAAUUUUAUCUUUUUUUCAUAUUUACAUUAAUUUAUUUUCAGCUAUCAUAUAUUUUUUUUGUUGUCCACUUAUGCAAAUGAUACCAAUAUUAUAAGUCUUAACAUAGAGAUAUAAAUCAAAAGAUGUAAUAAAAUAUUGAACAUUUUAUCUUUUCACUGUUGAUUUAUUCUAU